AUGGAUGGGAUUCCAUGGGACCAGGUCAAGGCCGGGGAUCUGGAUGCCUUGCGGGUCGUACUCCUCUCGAGUUCGACCUCGCGCAGGCUCCGGGCCCUGCAAGAACUCCGCGACAGGAAUGGAUCUGAAAUAUCUCCGGAAACCCACCAAGAUAUCCUAGACUUGCUCUUCCGAACCUAUCCUCUCUAUGUCGAUCGAUCCUCCCGACAGGCGGUUCAGCAAUGCCUCCGCUCCCUCCUCCGCACAUCCAAUGCGACCGAAGACCUAAAAUUCCUUACCCCAAAAUUGCAAGCCGAGGCAUCUAGACCAGGCCUGGCUUCCUCCUUUGCAUUUGUGCUGUUGGAGUGGUGCUCUAUCCUGUUGCAACAGGCAAGCGAGGACCAGAACACACCGCUGGCCAUUGUGCUCGAUUUGAUCGCGGUCGAUGCCAAGGCUUUGGAAAAUUGUCUUGCCCACAACCCCAAGCCUGCAGUGAAGCAGUCUGCUCUUCGAGUAACCAGACGUGCUUUGCGAGCCGUAUUUUCGUCUGAGGCAUGGGGUGCUGACGCAGUGCGGCAGUCUGUUAGCCGACUGACUACGGACUCCACCCCAGCAUACAAGAACGCGCCUCUUCUCGGUGUCGUAUGCGGAGUCUGCGCGCGGCUAGCAGAUAAGAAAUCAAUUCUUGAAGAAUCCAAGAAAAACAUUUUGGCAUUCUAUGUUAAGGAGAUCGUGGGCUCAAAAUCCGCUGUGUCCACACAUAUCGCCAAUGGCAUGUUCGACUUUUUCGCCUCGUUUGUAACACUUGAAGAUGUCACUACUGAAUUGGUACCUCCCAUGGAGAAGUCCAUACUACGAGCACCAGAGGUGGUUCUCGGCGGCGUGAUUCCACCUCUCUGUGCCUCUUUGCCAGAAGAAAUUGAUCUCUCGGAAAUAGUGCAAACGCGUCUUUCUAAACACCUUCUAGCUAGCAUGAAGUCAAACAACCUCUCAAUCCGCCAAGGCGCAUCUGAUUCGUUUGGAUCCUUGCUCUCUCGAUGCAAGACCGAUCCCUUGGUCUUGAAGAUCACGAGCGAUAUCAUUAGCCCGUUGAAAACUCAGAAGAUUACCACCGCUGAGCACCGCCUGGCUUAUGCCCAGGCAAUCGCAGCUAUCUCACCUUCAGUGGAUGUCUCGAAAGAGAUUGUUCAAGGACUCUGCCCCGUUGUUUCACGGGAGCCCAAUGAAGCUGCUCUAGAAGAGGAGAUCAAAUCUUUCAGCAAACACCUUACCUAUCUCAUCCAAUCUAAGACCAAGGUCAGCGAUGAUGUUAUCAACACUAUCGUGAAGGGUGUUUCCGAUAAGCGAAUCCCAUUCCGCAAGAUCUGGCAAACAAGUGUGGGAGAAGUGCUGUGGAAGUCUGACCUUGAGGCUUUGAAGAGUGCUGAGAUUGAACCCCUUGUUACAAAGUUCCUUGCUAAGAUGAAGGAUCUGUUUGGCGAGGUUGCUUCCAACCCGCUACCAUCAGCCCAGAGUGGUGCUCUCUUUUCGGCUUAUCUUUUCCUGGCUCUGUUCCACCGAGUUUCCGACAUCGAAGGGUCUGCUAAGUCUGCUUGGGAGGAAAAAGUAACCCAGUCGAUGACAUUGAGUCCCAAGCCUUCUUUCCUUCUUAACCCAAAGGCAUACCCAAAGUUGAGUUCCAAGGAAGAAAUCCAGUGGCUCGUAAGGGCUUUGACUGCUGUUACUUCCGGGUCAAAGUUUGCUAGCUCUGAAGACGCAUCCAAGACGGCCUGGGCUGAGACCUUCAUCUACGCAAUCACUGCGCCCGCUAUUCCCUCAAACAUUCGCGAGAACUCUGUGGAAGCUUUGUCCAGAGUCUAUCUUACUGAUGUGGCCUCUUUUGGACGCACCGUUGUCAAUGCACUAUGGGCCUGGAUUCUUUCUUUCCGCACUGCGGAGAAGGAGUCAGCAGCAGUUUCUGCUGGACCAGAGAGUGAACGCCUACUUCAUUUGGUCUUGAAGGCUCUUUGCCCAACCAAGGCUGGUGCAGAGGCCUCUGGAAUCUCUUCUUCUGAUCUCCAGGUUCUUCUCAUUGAAAUCUUGAUUCUCAGUCGCCCAGAGUUGAUCCCGAGCACGUCAUGGAUUGAACUGUGUCUGAGGACCGGCACAGAUCCUGGCGAUCUUGUUCGCGCACACCCUGCCAAUUGCAUUGAGCAGUUGGUUCGCGUCAACGCAGACGCUGUGCAGUCAGCAGUGCCGAAUGUCAACCUUGCCAUUUGGAGCGCUGGAGCCGAACUCGCGUUUGUUGCCCCUGACGCAAUGAUCCCGCGCUUGGUUGAUCAAAUUAAAUAUGAUUUGGAUGGCACCCGCCUAUCCAAGUUUACUGCCACCGAUGCCGCCAUUGCACGCACGCCCGAAGGGACCGCUUUCAUCGAUGUGCUCAGCAGCAAGUCGAAACAGCCUGCCUUUGAUAAGAAUACCAAGGAUUACGAUACUUUGAAGUGGGAAGAGGAGCUCCGCGCACAAUUGGCCGAAAAGAAGGGACAAAGCCAGAAGAAGCUUACUCCUGAGGAGAAUGCCAAGGUCAAGGCCCAACUUGCCAAGGAGGCCAAGAUCCGUGCAGAUGUUUUGGACGAGGUCAAGCGAAUCGAACGAGGAGCUGGCCUUAUCCGGGGCCUUGCAACAGGCCCUGCCAACGAUGUGGAAGGGUGGAUCAACGCUGCUAUCACUUCUUUGCUCUCACUUGCUCAGGCCGGCGCAGGUCUGUUCGUUGGUGAUGUUGUUUCCCGAGCCUUCAUCACUUGUGCCGACGAAGUGUCGACCCGCCUAGGCCCUCUGCGAUCUUUCGUGGGCAUUGCCACACUGCGAGCCAUUGGUAACACCAAUCUCCCCGCUGAUAUGGAAUUAGAGCCCCUUGGUGAACUUGUUACAAGAAUUCUAUACCGAUUGCGCUUUGCUUCCGAGCAACGUCCUUUCGAUACCACAUCUCUCGCUUACGUUCUCCCGCUUAUCUCUUUGGUUUUGACCCAGAACGGCAUCGAAGAAGCGAAGGGAGAAGAAGAAGGCACCCAGGUUCUCCUUGCUCUCGAGUUCCUGUCCUUCCACUCGGGUUCCUUCACCGACGCCCGUCUGCCUCGUGUCGAUGUUCUUGGUCAGCUUCUGUCUGCUAUGCAAAGAUACACCCAGCACUAUAAGCUGGUGAAGGAUACGUUGUUCGACUUCUGUCGGUGCAUCUCACCUAACAUCAACAGCGAGGAGCUGGAUACACUCUUGGAAGGAGCCAUUGUCGCUGAUGCGUCUGUUCGAACAACUGUGCUUCAGGUCAUUGAAGCUGAAAUCGAUCUGACCGACCUCGACUUCUCGGAGCAUAUCUGGCUUGGCUGCCACGAUAUGGUGGAGGAGAAUGCUGAGAUUGCAGACACAAUCUGGGAAGAUAAUGCGCUGGAGGUGGAUGACACAUCGUUCAGUAAGAUCAUGAAGUACUUGGAUUCGAAGGACCAUCAACUCCGAGGCGCUGCUGCCCGUGCUUUAGCACAUGCAAUUGAGUUCGACAAGAGCAAGUUUGCAGGCAUUCUAUCUGAACUGCAGUCCAAAUAUGUGGAAGAGAUCAAGCCUAAGGCGCCCGAAAAGGAUGCCUACGGAAUGCCCAAGAAAGUGGACAUUUCAGACCAUUGGGAAGCUCGCAGUGGUAUUGCACUUGCUUUCAAUGCCAUGACCAAGGAAUUCAAUGGUGAUGAGGCUGUAUCCUUCUUGCGAUUCCUGAUCGAAAAGGGACCCUUGCUCGAUGGAAACUCCCGUGUGCGUGGCCAGAUGACAGAGAGCGGUAAAUCUAUUAUCAUUCUUCGAGGCGAGUCAAAGGUUGAGGAGAUGAUGAAGCUUCUCCAAACAACCUUGGAAACCUCCGACAAAGACACCAAGACCUCUGACCUGCUGAACGAGGCUGUCAUCGUCCUUUACGGAUCCGUGGCGACACAUCUCAAGGCCGAUGAUCCUCGCUUGCAAACUGUUAUCAGUGAGCUGCUUGUGGCCCUCGAUACUCCUUCAGAGUCUGUGCAGCAUGCUGUAUCCGAAUGUCUGCCACCCUUGAUCAGAUCAUCUGGUUCCAAGACCGCAGAGUAUGUGGAAAACCUGAUUUACCGACUUUUCAAUGCCCCUGACUACCCUCGUCAACGCGGUGCUGCAUACGGUCUCGCAGCAGUCGUGUGCGGUAGAGGUAUCGCAACCCUGCGGGAGUUCCGAAUCAUGAGCCAGCUCAAGGAGGCUACCGAGAACAAAAAAGAAAAGGAUCACCGACGAGGUGCUUUGCUCGCUUAUGAGCUAUUCGCCCUUGUUCUGGCGCGGACCUUCGAACCUUAUGUCAUUCAUCUCGUACCCCAGCUUCUGGGAGGAUUUGGUGAUACCAGCAUCAGCGUUCGCGACACCUGUUUGGAGGCGUCAAGAGCUUGCUUCCAAAACCUCAGCUCUUACGGUGUGAAAGAGAUUCUCCCUACUCUACUUGACGGCUUAGAUGAUACGCAAUGGCGCAGUCAAAAGGGUGCUUGCGAUUUACUUGGAGCCAUGGCCUACCUGGAUCCGCAACAGCUUGCGGCCAGCUUGCCUGACAUCAUUCCACCCUUGACGGUCGUGCUCAAUGACACCCACAAGGAAGUCCGUAAUGCAGCGAACCGCAGUCUUCAACGCUUCGGCGAGGUCAUCAGUAACCCUGAAGUGAAGAGCUUGGUUGGCGUGCUUCUGAAGGCUCUGAGUGAUCCAACAAAGCACACAGAUGAAGCUUUGGAUUCUUUGAUCAAGGUUUCCUUCGCACACUACCUAGACGCCCCCUCCCUGGCCCUUGUUGUGCGCAUUCUCGAGCGUGGUCUUAGUGACCGAUCUAACACCAAGCGGAAGUCAGCACAGAUUAUUGGCAGCUUGGCCCAUCUUACGGAGCGCAAGGAUCUGAUUUCCCACUUGCCCAUCCUUGUGGCCGGUCUCAACUUGGCCAUUGUUGAUCCAGUUCCUACAACGCGUGCUACUGCAUCCAAGGCUCUUGGUUCACUCAUCGAGAAACUUGGAGAAGAUGCUCUGCCCGAACUCAUUCCUAACCUCAUGGCUACUCUCAAGUCAGAUACUGGUGCUGGUGACAGACUUGGAUCUGCUCAAGCCCUUUCGGAGGUUCUUGCAGGCCUUGGUACUACCAGACUCGAGGAGACACUGCCAACUAUUCUCCAGAACGUUUCCAGUGCCAAGCCUUCUGUUCGUGAAGGCUUCAUGACACUCUUCAUCUUCUUGCCUGCUUGCUUCGGUAACAGCUUUGCCAACUACCUCAGCAAGAUCAUUCCCCCUAUCCUUGCUGGUCUGGCUGAUGAUGUUGAAUCAAUUCGGGAGACUGCUCUCCGGGCCGGUCGCUUGCUCGUCAAGAAUUUCGCCCACAAGGCCAUUGACCUCUUGCUUCCAGAGCUGGAGCGUGGUCUUGCGGACGACAGCUACCGUAUCCGUUUGAGUUCCGUCGAGCUGGUUGGCGAUCUUCUCUUCAGUCUUACUGGUAUCUCUGGCAAGAACGAGGGCGACGAAGAAGAGGAGGAAGCCACUCAAGCUGGCCAAUCUUUGUUGGAGGUUCUCGGAGCGGAGCGCAGGGACAAGGUUCUUUCGGCCCUGUACAUCUGUCGCUGCGAUACUUCAGGACAGGUCAAGAGCGCGGCUCUGGGUGUCUGGAAGGCGCUUGUCGCUUCUCCCAGAACGCUCAAGGAGAUGGUUCCCACGCUGUCUCAGCUCAUCAUUCGCCGCCUUGGAUCCACCAACAUGGAGCAGAAGGUUAUUGCCAGCAACGCUCUUGGAGACCUUAUCAAAAAGGCUGGCGAGUCUGUUCUCAAUACCUUGCUACCCUUGCUUCAAGAUGGUCUUCAGACUUCGCCCGAUGUAGAUGUUAAACAGGGUAUCUGCAUUGCUCUUCGGGAGCUUAUCACCGCUGCUUCCCCCGAUGCACUGGAGGACUAUGAGACAAUUCUUAUCGCCACCGUUCGGGUGGCCUUGGUCGACAAUGACGAUGAUGUGCGGGAAGCUGCUGCUGAAGCCUUCGACUCAUUGCAGCAGAUCAUGGGCAAGCGGGUUGUGGACCAGGUCUUGCCACACCUUCUCCACUUGCUGAGAAACGACGAGGAUGCCGAGCAGGCAUUGUCUGCUCUGUUGACUCUCCUCACAGAACAGACUCGUGCCAAUAUCAUUCUUCCCAACCUGAUUCCCACGUUGCUCACGUCACCGAUUACUGCUUUCAAUGCCAGAGCCCUAGCAUCUCUGGCCGAGGUUGCCGGUUCCGCCAUGACCAGGAGGCUGCCAACUAUUCUCAACUCCCUCAUGGACGGCAUUAUCGAGACUACCGACGAAGAUCUUCGGGAAGAGCUCAGCACUGCCUUCGACACAGUGUUGGUGUCUGUGGAUGAAUAUGAUGGCCUAAGUGUCGCCAUGAAUGUAAUGGUCACUCUUGUCAAGCACGACGAUCACCGCCGUCGUUCUGCUGCGGCGCUCCAUCUGACCAAGUUCUUCUCCGAGUUCGAGCAUGACUUCUCGCGGUACUAUCAGGAUUUGAUUCGCGCCUUGCUGAUUUCAUUCGACGACCCGGACAACAAUGUCGUCAAGUCAGCAUGGACUGCUCUGACUGGUCUCAUGUCCCACAUGCGCAAGGAGGAGAUGGAGAGCUUGGUUGUUCCCACACGCCAGAUUUUGCGACACGUGGGUGUGGCUGGUGCAGACUUGCCGGGCUUCAGCCUGCCCAAGGGUAUUAUGGCUAUUUUGCCGAUCUUCUUGCAAGGUCUUCUCAAUGGUACUGCCGAUCAGCGUACUCAAUCAGCUCUUGCGAUGUCAGACAUCAUCGACCGUACUCGUGCCGAGUCAUUGAAGCCUUUCGUUACUCAGAUCACCGGUCCGCUGAUUCGUGUUGUCUCUGAACGUUCUGUCGAUAUCAAGUGCGCUAUCUUCUACACCCUCAACAAGUUGUUGGAGAAGAUCCCAUUGGCUGUGAAGCCCUUCCUGCCUCAGCUCCAGCGUACAUUCGCCCGUGGUCUUGCAGACACCACAAGCGAAACUCUGCGCAACCGGGCUGCCAAGGGUCUCGGUAUCUUGAUUACGCUGACUCCCAGAGUUGAUCCUCUUAUUGCUGAACUUAUCACCGGCUCUAAGACUACCGAUAUUGGCGUGAAGAACGCCAUGAUGAAGGCUCUCCAGGAGGUGGUUGGCAAGGCUGGUGCCAAUAUGAGCGAGGCAUCCCGGCAAGCGAUUCUUAGUCUGAUUGACGAUGACGCCAGUGACCAGACCGAUUCUGUUGCCAUUACCAACGCCCGUCUUCUUGGUGCGCUUGUGAAGGUCCUCCCUGCCACAAGUUCGGUUCCUCUUAUUAAGAACCGUAUCCUCACUGGCUCACUUGAUCAUGCGGCAGUCCUGGGACUUAAUGCUCUUUUGGCUGAAUGUCCCGAGGUUUUGACGGAACACUUCGCUGCCGAGCUUCCUACCGUCAUCUCCCAGGGCAUUGCAAACAAGGAUCCCUUCGUCUCCGACAACAGCGCCCUUGCUGCAGGCAAGUACCUCUUGUCCAACGAUGGUGACCAUGCUUUCGAGUCAAGCAAGACCAUCUUCGAAGCCUUGGCACCUGCCAUUCAGGUUGGUAGUCCUACCGAUACUCGCCGACUGAGCUUGGUCGUUAUUCGGACUGUCAGUCGUCUUCACCCCGAGCUGGCCCGUCCUCAUCUGGCUCUGCUCGCACCGCCCAUCUUUGCCAGUGUCCGUGAUCUGGUGAUUCCCGUCAAGCUGGCCGCCGAAGCAGCAUUCUUGUCCAUCUUCUCGGUGGUCGAGUCUGAUAGCGAGGUGUUUGACAAGUAUAUGGCCGGUCCAGGAGCAUCUCUUCCCCCAGGCCCCAAGCGCAGCAUGUCUGAUUACUUCAAGCGUAUUGCUGUUCGUUUGGCUAACCAGGCGCGUGAGCGUCGGGAGGCUGAAGGUGUGCCACGAACAUCAUCCGCCAACGACCGUCGAUACGCCGACAUCAAGAUGGUCAACCUUACCACCCAGAAGCGCCUCGCCGCCUCCGUGGUCGGCUGCGGCAAGCGCAAGAUUUGGCUCGACCCCAAUGAGAUGAGCGAGAUCUCCAACGCCAACUCUCGCCAGACCAUCCGCAAGCUCGUCAGCGAUGGCCUCAUCAUCCGCAAGCCCGUCACCAUGCACUCCCGUGCCUCCGCCCGUGAGCUCAACGAGGCUCGCCGCAACGGCCGUCACCGUGGCCUCGGUAAGCGCAAGGGUACCAAGGACGCUCGUAUGCCCAGCCAAGUCCUCUGGAUGCGCCGCAUGCGUGUUCUCCGUCGUUUGCUCGUCCGCUACCGCGCCGCCGGCAAGAUCGACAAGCACCUUUACCACGAGCUCUACCACCUGAGCAAGGGUAACACCUUCAAGCACAAGCGUGCCCUCGUCGAGCACAUCCAGAAGGCUAAGGCUGAGCGUCAACGCGACCGUGCCCUCAAGGAGGAGAUGGACGCCAAGCGUGCCAAGAACAAGGCUCUCCGUGAGCGUCGGUUGGAGCGCAAGGAGGCCAAGCGCGAUGCUCUGGUCAGCGAGGAGUAA